AAUGUCCGAGUACAUGGGGAGUGUAAACAUGGCCUCGCGGUACAGUCACGGUGUCCAGCGAGUUCUAGCGAAAUUGGAGGCCUCGAUAAAUUCCGAAAACUAUUAUGAGGCCCAUCAGAUGUAUCGAACUUUGUAUUUCAGAUACCUCGGCCAGAGAAAAUACUCAGAACUCCUGGAAUUGCUGUACAACGGCUCGAUGCUUCUGUUACAGCACGAACAGCACGCAAGCGGAGCCGACUUAGGAAUUCUAUUUGUCAAUGUUUUAACGCAAUCUGGAACGGUGCCGGCGCAGGGCUUCUUCGAGAAGAUCACGAGCUUGUUUAGUUUAAUGAGCGCCACGUCACCGGAAAGGGAGGUGUUCGUGCAGUCGGCGCUUAAGUGGAGUGUCAAGGGCACGGAUUACAAGACUGGCCAUCCAGAUUUGCACCAGAAGAUAGCUCAGGUCUUUUGGAGAGAAAAGAAUUACAUAAUGGCGAGGCAACACUUUAUACAUAGUAGAGAUGGUUCCGGAUGCGCUGCAAUGCUGGUCGAACUCCACGAGCAGCGUGGAUAUAUGAAUGAAAUAGAUCUCUUCAUAGCUCAAGCAGUCUUACAGUAUCUUUGUUUGCAAAACAAAGCAACGGCACAAGAGGCCUUCAAUUCUUAUACUUCAAGGCACCCGAAAAUAAAUAGCGGCCCGCCAUAUCUUCUUCCUUUAUUAAAUUUUUUGUUUUUCCUACUCAAAACCAUCGACAGUGGUAAACUAGCAGUGUUCACAAUUCUCUGUGAGCAGUACCAGAUAUCUCUAAACAGAGAUCCAUGUUAUCGACAGUACUUAGAUAAAAUAGGCCAACUUUUUUUCAAUAUCCCGCCUCCGCGCCCACGUAAUCAGGGAUUGUUCGGCUCGUUGUUGCAAUCUUUCUUCAAUGGCCUGGAGGACGACGACUCGGACGACGAGCAACGAAAUACAGCCUCAACGUCGCACGCCGCGCAAGAACUUGAUUGAUUAAAGGUGAGGCAACACUGUGCAGUGUGAUGCUGAAUACCGAACUUUUAAUAUAUUAUUCUUCGACCCAAAUACUUUCAUUGACUGCACCUGUGUUAACCGACAAUGAAACCUGAAAUUGUGAACGUUACGUUUACGACCAAAAAAAAGCUGAAGGAAUUACUGCCAUUCGAAGAAACAGUAAUUCCGAACUGUGUAGAGCCCUGAGAGUGCGUGGGACGACUUACGGGAAUUUAUCAAAGUUGUAAGUUAUGUACUGAAUUCACAAUAGUAGAAUUCAUAGGCGUGUCUUAUUAUUUUAUACAUAUAUGUAUAAUAUUUUCUAUGCUCUUUUUAGCCAAAUAAGAUUUGUAUAAAAACGCGACGCAUGCUUCUGAAUAAAAAGUCUUGAUCAAGUAAUAUUUAAAACACAAUGAUUGUCAAUUUAUGUGCAAAAAUUCGUAUGAGUACGAAUUGAGUUUGUAAUCAAUAUCUUCAUCCUCUACAUAUACAUAUAUGCUGUUAUGAAUUCAGCAAUUAUACUUGGACUUUGAAUAAAAUCCUCGCCAUUAGCUACGACCUGUAUACCGUGCAUAUAACCACAUGAAUAUGUAUGCGUGUAAAACUGCUGGAUCGAAAAUUUAUUUUAUAUAAAAACUAAAACUGCGUGUGGACAAAUAAAUGUGACAUAAUUGUAGCUUCCGAAAAAAAGAAUGCUUACCGAGACUGCUUGUUGCCGUGGCAUCGAGAAAGAGAAUUUUACUCGGAGCAACGAGCGAUAUAUUUAUUUAUUGGAUUCUAUAUUGAUAUGAGUAAUCGUUUAAACCAAUAGAGAAAAAAGAAAUUCAUAUAUUUAACUAAGGAGAUAAAACGACCAUCGCACCGCGUAAUAAAAAUCUUCACAGCAUUAACUAAUAAAGGUAAUAUAAUAUCGCUGUGCAUUAAAAUGAAAACGAAACCAUAGACAACAUUUGAUUAAUAAAUUUAGCUUUGUAAUAAAUAUAUCUCUCUAGAAUAUAUGUAAGUGUAUUGAGUAUCCUUCAUUAUACUUCAUUGUUUAUUACGUUGUCAGAAUUAUUUAAUGCAAAAUUGUUAUCUUAAUAUAUGAUAAUUAUCAUUAUAACUGAUGACUUGCAUUAUCGACAUGAUCGAAAAAUUCUACAUUUUAAAAUUAAUUUUUUGUUAAAAAAAUUAAUGUUUAUUAUAAUUAGGUGAAAAUGAGGUAAUAUUAAUUAUCUGGUUGAUAUUAUUACUUUGGAACGUGUAUGUAUGGAAUUAGUUCUUUUGGAGAUUUCUCUUAGUUAUUAUAAUUUGUAUAAAUUACUUUAAAAAAAAUAAUAAUAACAAAUAAUGAUUGCUCGAUAUAUUAUUCUAAUAGCAACUCCUCCUUCGUGUAUCCGCUAAAAAUACCUAAUUUAAUCGCAGUAUGUGAGCUGAGUGAAACGUACAGAUAUGCCUCUGUCAUCAUGUUCCUAAUUAAAAUUACUAUUUCACAA